AUGGUUUAUCAAUCCGAAUUUCGCCAUGAUUCUGAUGCUAGAUUUGUUGGUGGUGAUGAUAAUGAUCAUAUCAAUAAUGAAGGUGAAUUCGAAGAUUUCGUAAACGAAAAUGAAGGUUUUACUGAGGCAAGUGAAUCAGAAUUGUUUGACAGAAAAGUUAAGUCUGAUGAAGAGGCUUAUGAGUUGUAUAAUAGUUAUGCCUUUAAGCAUGGUUUUGAAAUUAAACCCGGUGAAGAGCCAAAAGUGUACCAAAAGAGGAAUUUUCGCACAGGUUGCAAAGCUCAUAUUCAAUUUGAUGUUGAAAAGAAUUCUGGUUUGUUUGUCGUGGUCAAUCACACUAUGGAUCAUAAUCACAGUAGGGUUCCUGUUUCAAAGAGACAUUUAAUAAGAUCUCAUAGGAAGGUAACUGAGGAACAAGUCGCCAUGCUUAGCAGUUUAACUGAGAGUAGUAUACCUGUUGCUGAUGCAGUGCGCGUUUUAAAAAAUCAAGCUGGUGGUGAGGCAAAUUUUAGUUUUCUUUGUAGUGAUUCUUAUGGUGCUUUAUCUGCACAUAAGAAAUUGAAGUUUGAUGGAUGUGAUGCAAAGCGAUUGCUUAGCUACUUUAAGGAGAGGAAAUGCAACAAAUUUGACUUCUAUUAUGAUUUUGAUGAGAAAGAUCAAUUGCAAUCUUUCUUCUUUCGUGAUAAUAGAAUGAAAGUAGACUAUGAUGCAUUUGGAGACUUAUUGGUCCACGAUACGACGUAUCGUACAAACAAAUAUGGUAUGAUAUGUGGUCCUUUUGUUGGUAUGAACCAUUAUAAUAAUAAUGUUAUGUUUGGUAUUGGCUUUUUGAUAAAUGAAAAAUGGGAGUCAUUUGAGUGGUUGUUUACCAUUUUUCUGAAAUCUAUGGGGAGCAAACAACCAGUGACAAUAAUGACUGACCAAUCUCAAGCAAUGGCCAAAGUAAUAAGGAUUGUUUUUCCGAAUUCUCGACAUCAUUUAUGUAUUUGGCAUAUUGGGGAGAAUGCAAAGAAAAAUAUCAAAGGACUAAAGGCCAAUGAAGGUUUUAACGAUUUGUUUGAUAUUAUUUUGAAAUACACAUAUACUAUUCAGGAAUUUGAACAUUAUUGGACAAGCAUGCAGAAUAAGUACAAAUGUGAAGAUCACAAAUGGCUCCAAAAUUUGUAUAAUAUAAGAGAGAUGUGGUGUCCAGCAUAUUCCAAAGAUUACUUUAGUGGUGGUAUUAUGUCAUCUCAAAGGAGUGAAAUCACAAACAAAUCAGUUUGUCGUAGACUUUAUGCUACUCAUGGUCUUUGUGAUUUCUACACUACUUUUAUUGAGGUGGUUGAUGAGUGGAGGAGCAAAGUGGGUAGUAAUGAUUAUAAUAGUUUAACUGGUAACCGAUAUCUAGUAUGGGCGGAUAUUGGAAUUUUGGAGCAUGCAAGGAGGAUUUAUACAAUCAAAAUUUAUUUACAUUUUGAAGAUAAUUUUGUGAGCAGUGUUCCUUGCACAGCUAAGGUCAUACGAAUGCAACCUCCUCUUUAUGAAUAUCAUGUGGGCCAUCCCAAAAAAGAUCUGCUAAUGCAUACAGUUGCAUUUGAUGAAUCAACUGCCACAGUUGAUUGUACUUGUAAUUAUUUUGGUGAGGGUGUCAUACCUUCUAGUGUAUGGAGAUUGCAUUUUAUUCGAACUUUUAUUGGACUUGUCGAUAGGGCGCAAAAUGACUUAGCUGCUCGAACAACCAUUGAGGAAGCAAUUAAUGAGUGUUCUAAUAGGAUCAAUCUUUUACGAAUAAAAGAUAAAGAUGAACCGCAAGAAUUUUUGAUAACUGAUCAACAUGGUGCUUCUUCAGACAAAGGGUGA